UAGUAUGCGCAUUAUUUCUGCAUCAGUAAUCGCGAUAUUGCAAUUUGCAUUCUAGAAAUAAAUUCACGAACUUUGCGCAACAAAGGAUGCAGGAGAACUCCAACCUGGGAAGUUACCAUUUCCGGCAGUGUUCUACGGAUUGUCGCGCGAGCAUAGUCACUUCAUAAUAUAGGAGUUUUCUGGCAAAUCCGCGCUAUUUGCUGUUGCAAAUAGAUAUGCGUGGUCAUAAAUAGUUAUAUUUUUAUGUUAAAAUUAUCUGCCGGUACUAGCUGCAGACUGUUGGCUCUUAGGUUAUACUCAUGCCAGUCUAUGAAUUAUUUAUUCAUAAGGAUGGAAUGGCAUUAAGAUCUUCACGAACAGACGCAUGCAAUUUAUUGGUUCCCAUGAACGAAUUUUGUCAUUUUGAGGAAGAGGGUCCUUGGAUUUAAAGAUUUGGGAGAAUGUCGGAAUUGAAGAAUGAAGACUUAGGAUUAGAGGACUCUGAACCAGUAGAAGAGUUCGCGAUGACAUCUUUGGGAAAACUGAUUUUUGUAAAUGCACAUUCGAGAAACUUAAAAUCACUUUCGUCCGAAGAAUCGGCAAAUUUAGAUUUGACAGAGUCACUCUCACUCGCCUUCGAAAGCCUCUUGCACAUGCCUUACGACAUCAUUGAAAAUUAUGCGAGUACAAUAAACACCUUGGACAUCAGUCACAAUAAAUUUAGCAGAAAUUUGCAGUUCUUAUCAGAAUUUGAUAAUCUGACCUCCCUAAACUUGGACCAUAACAACAUAGAUGCUUUUACGAAAUUUCCCUACAUGCCUAAACUUCAACUUCUGUGGCUCAAUCAUAAUAAAAUAGACGAACUUUUUCCUUUCGUGAAAAAUCUUUACGAAAGCUUUCCAAAUUUGAGGUAUCUUUCUUUAAUGGGAAACAAAGCUGCUCCGAGUUAUCUAAACGGAGGAAGUUUUUACGAUUAUCUUCAGUAUAGAUUAGUCGUCAUAUCGUGGUUUCCUCGACUGGUUCAUUUGGACGAUAGACUCAUAACUUCGGAACAACGAAUAGAAGCGACAAGAUUGUUCAGAAGGCCACUUUUGGAACAACUUUCCGAACACACACCAAUUCCCGAAUGCAUAAAAGUUUUCCAUAACAGACUAUCGAAUUUUUUUAUCAAAUCUGUAAUUCCGGACAAGUUACGCAUGCCCAAAAGUUCCAACUUUAUUAUUUGAGCCAGUAUUGAAUUUUGAGUCUUAAUCAAAAAUGAAGGACAUCAAACAUUUCUAAGACUGUAAAUCUUUUUUGUAAGGAUACAAGAAAUUGUGAUGCAAAUUUU